UUGUAGAUAACCGAAAGGAAACAUAAAUAUCAUCCACAAAAUUUUCACGUGUUUGCAUUGACAACUUUAGUUACCAGACUUAAUUCUUAUGGACGGUCCCCAGAAAAAAAAAUGGAUAUGAAUACUCCCUACUAUUACUAUUAAGUAGUUCAAUUUUUUGUGCCAAACUAUCAAGAAACUAUCAAUACAAUAGUAUGGAGUUUCAUGUUAUCCUCCUCCUCAUAUUCAUUUUCUUUCUUUGCUUUUGCUACUCUUUCCGUAACAAAAAUGGCGUCCCUACAAAUUGGCCUAUUGUAGGGAUGUUACUUCCUCUUCUCGCAAAUGUUCCUCGCAUCCAUGAUUGGAUUACCGAAGUGUUAGAGAAAUACCAACUAAAUUUUCUCUUCAAAGGUCCUUGGUUCACCAACAUGGAGAUGUUUGUCACCCUUGAUCCUGCAAAUGUGCACUAUAUUAUGAGCAAGAACUUCAAAAAUUAUCCCAAAGGAUCAAAGUUCAAUGAAAUGUUCGACGUAUUUGGAGACGGUAUCUUCAAUGUAGACUCUAAGUUAUGGGAGUACCAUAGAAAAAUGGCUCAUACUUUCAUUGGCCACCCUAAAUUUAAUCAGUUUUUGCAUGAGAAAGUAUGGGAGAAAGUAGAGAAAGGUCUAAUCCCGGUACUUGAUCACGCUUCUAAACAAGGGUUAGUAGUUGAUCUACAAGAUUUGUUUAGUAGGUUUACAUUUGAUACUAUUUGUACUCUCAUUGUGGGAAGUGAUUUGAGAUCUUUAUCAGUAGAUUGGCCUAAUGAACCAUUUUUAAAGGCCUUAGAUGAUAUUGAGGAGGUAAUAUUUCGGCGUCAUGUUGUUCCUAUGAGUGUAUGGAAGUUUUUUAGGUGGCUUGGUGUAGGAAAAGAGAGAAAGUACAAAGAAGCUUGGGAAAUACUUGAUGAAUUCAUCUACAAACGCAUAUCCGAAAAGAGAUCAGAAGAAUUAUUCAAGCAAGAAGAACUUAAGCAUAAAGAGGCAUCAGUUGGUGUAGAUCUAUUGACGUUGUACAUGGAUCAAGCACAAGGUCUAAGUAGUACAAAUGUUAAGAAUAAUCUAAGUGAUAAGUUGUUAAGGGACACUAUACUAAAUUUCUUUAUAGCAGGAAGAGACACAACAAGCACUGCUUUAGCAUGGUUUUUUUAUCUCCUCUCUAAGAACCCGCGAGUCGAAUCCAAGAUCCGACAAGAAUUAGAUACAAUAAUGGACACCAACCAAGAUCAUGACAAGCUAGUUUAUGUUCAUGGUGCAUUAUGUGAAGCUUUAAGAUUGUACCCUCCAGUGGCCUUUGAACAAAAGGCUUCUAUGGAGUCAGACAUACUUCCAAGUGGCCAACAUGUGUAUCCAAAUAUGCAAAUUAUCUUCAACUUAUAUGCAAUGGGAAGGAUGAAAUCGAUAUGGGCAGAUGAUUGUAACGAGUUUAAGCCGGAAAGAUGGAUAUCUGAACGUGGGAAUAUUAAGCAUGAACCAUCUUACAAGUUCUUAACCUUUAAUGCAGGACCAAGAUCUUGUUUAGGAAAGAAUAUGGCUUUCACCCAAAUGAAAGCUGUUGUUGCUACCAUAGUUCGAAACUACAAGUUCCAAGCAAUACAAGGACAACUUGUUGUGCCGGACAUCUCUUUAAUGCUUCGUAUGAAGAAUGGAUUUAAGGUUAAAGUUUGCAAGUUUCAGUAAGGCACAAGUAUGUUACGUUGGGUAACCAAUAAGCUAA